UUCUUCUUCUUCUGUCUUAUCUUAUCUUCCUCUUUUUUCCUCCCUUCGUUCUCUCAGUUAGAACACAUUAUGAAGAGAAUAACUGUGAGGUGGACAGACAUUCCCACGUUUAUAACAAUGAUUCUGUGGAAGAAAUGCGACUAAUCAAAGCUGAACAGCAUAAAAUAAAAAACACCACAGCCUGCCAAAGAGAAGACAAAAUCCAGCCACUGGCAAAGGUACAGUGAUUAAUUAAACAUGUGCUUUUUAAGACAAUCAUGGAUUGUUCUGUGUUUCAUAUUGAGAUUUUUUAAAAUCCUGCUGCUUUAUUGCAAAAGCACUGACAAAUAUUAAGAUGAUACUUGUGACUUCCUACAGGGUGUGGAGUGCAGUGUGGGUGUCUAUCUGAACUGCUGAUCACAGGAUAUGUUGCUGCUCACACACUUGUAAUCAUUUCCAUUUAAAUGGGUUGACUAAAAUAAUCAAAUCCACAGUUUCCUCUCAUACAGUUUCACUUUGCAUGAAUAUUUAAUCUUCCACAUAUCAUUUAUAUUUGUUUUGCUAAAGGACUUUUACACAGUAGUGCCUGGCAGAAUUAAACACAAUAUAAAAUGUUUGCUGUUGCUAAUGUAAAUAGUGAUAAAAGGAAAGAAUAUAACAUUCAAUAUCCGAUACUGAAGCUGUUUCCAGGCAACAGAAAAAUACAUCUAUGCACACUAAAGGCUUCUAUUUACUAUAUACAUAGCUAUUCUCCAUUCUAUUGUUGAAACAGUCUCAAAUUGCUUUUGAGUAAUGAUGCCAAACUGGACUUAAAGUCAGGAGAAGAUGACAUUCUCUGAACUUGUGUUUUCAGUGGAAGUCUGAAUAAAUGCACAGUCAUUGCUUGACGAAUUCCAAACUUAAUCAUUAUGUGUUUAUUCCAGCAGAGAUCUAGGGGGAGAAGGUCAUUUAUUUGCGUACUAAAUUUAAAAGUCAACAAGAGCUUCAGUUUUGCAUUUUAGUUAAUAUUAACCAACCGGUGUACACUCAUGGCUCAGUAUAGGUGAGUAUUGUGUCACACAGGGUUUGGGUAUGACUUGCUGCUUCCUGCUGAGCACAUUAUAUAUUAGUUCAUCUUUGAACUGAAGUUACAAACUGGCGACACGACGAGGCGAGCAACAGAAAGGCUUAGUUUUCUUAAAAAAACAUCUGCUUCUAGGGUCAGAAUGGAGCCAAUAGUGAGGAGUGAGGUUAUUCUCUCGAUUUACAUAAUUUCCUUCCUGAUAGGCCUGCCGGCCAACCUCCUGGCUCUCUAUGCCUUCUCUGUUAAGAUUCACUCCAAGCCACUUCCCACAGACAUAUUGCUACUCAAUCUGACCGUCUCUGACCUGCUCUUUUUGAUCAUCCUUCCUCUCAAGAUGCAUGAGGCAGCAUCAGGCAUGGCAUGGAAUUUACCCAAGUUUAUGUGCUCCAUCACCUCCUUCACCUUCUUCUCCACAAUCUACACCAGCUCCUUGCUGCUGACAGCAGUCAGUGUGGUUCGCUACAUCGGUGUAGCUUUCCCCAUCGCCUAUCAUCAGCUGCAGAGACCUAUGUAUGCCAUAGUUAUCAGUGCUGUUAUUUGGCUCAUCUCAGCAGCACACUGCAGCAUUACUUUCAUUGUCCAGCACCACCCAUCCCUGUCCAGCGGCAACACCAGUGUGUGCUAUGAGAACUUCACAGAAAAGCAAUUGGAGGUCCUCCUUCCAGUACGUUUGGAGUUUUUCUUUGUCCUCUGCCUUAUACCUCUUCUAAUUUCUGUUUACUGCUACCUGCGCUGCAUCCUGAUCCUGUACAGCCGCCCCAGGAUAUCUCAGAUACAGAAGCAGAAGGCCAUCGGCAUGGCCUUGGGGACUCUGGCUGUGUUUCUCAUUUGUGUCGUGCCAUACAACACCUCUCAUUUACUGGGUUACUUCCAGGGUGACAGCCCAAGAUGGAGGUACUACACCUUGCUGCUUAGCACCUUCAACACCUGCAUUGAUCCCAUCAUCUUCUACUUUUCCUCCUCCACUUUCCACUGCACGAGUGAAAAGUCCAUUUUCAGGAAACAUAGACGUGGUGCUUCAGGGAUACAACGACAAGCCACAAGCUCUAGCUAAG